GCGCCGUUGCCGCCAAUGGGAGGCGCUUACGCCGUUUGCGCAGCGUGCGCCGUUGGCGCGGCCGGCGGGGGCGGGCCCAGAUCCCUGCGCGCGCCCCGAGGCUCCGGUCCAGGCCUGGUCCCGGUCCCGGUCCCGGUCCCGGUCCCGGCCCCGAGCAGGCCCCGGCCCCGAGCAGGCCCCGGCCCCGGCCCCCGGCCCGGCCCGGCCAUGAAGUUCCUGUACAAGGAGGAGCAUCCGUUCGAGAAGCGGCGCUGCGAGGGAGAGAAGAUCCGGAAAAAGUACCCGGACCGAGUCCCGGUGAUUGUGGAGAAAGCGCCCAAGGCUCGAAUCGGGGACCUGGACAAGAAGAAAUACCUGGUGCCCUCGGACCUGACAGUGGGCCAGUUCUAUUUCCUGAUCCGGAAGCGGAUCCACCUCCGCGCCGAGGACGCGCUUUUCUUCUUCGUCAACAACGUCAUCCCCCCGACCAGCGCCACCAUGGGCCAGCUCUACCAGGAACACCACGAGGAGGAUUUCUUCCUUUACAUCGCCUACAGCGACGAGAGCGUCUACGGGGCCUGAGCGCGCCGCUGUCCCGCUGUCCCCGCCGUCCCCGCGGCUCUCCCGGUGCUUUCCGCUCCCUCCUUUCCCGUUUUUUCCCCGUUUUUUUCCCGUUCCCGGCCUCCCUUUCCCGCCCCCCCCUCAAAUAAAAGCGACGGAGCCGCCUCAGGGCCUGA